UUUAUAUCUGUCAUUGUUAUGUCAAUCAUCAUAUGUAGAUUUUGUGCAUGUUAUAUUUAAAUUUUCAUUUCAGUAGUAAAAAAAUCAAAAGUACUUGUGAAACGGACUGGUUCCAGUUUUGAAUGGAAUUUUAAACAAUAUUUUGUUUUAGUUUUUUGUUUUGGGGAUUACAACUGUUUCAAAAAUGGAACCUAUGACUCUGGGAAGUCCCACUCAUUCUCCGUCAGGGAGCCCUAAUGUAGGAUAUUUACCCCCAUUUCUUUUAGGUGAAAUUAAUCCGCCAGCAACACCACGUACCAACAGUUUGUCUCCUACAAAAGGCCGAAGCCUUGCAUUUGGUUCACCUAGUAGUCCAACUCAAACUUCAACUCCAGAUCAGAAAAUAUAUCGUCAGAAUAUGACCAUCCACCAGCAGGCUUUGUACAAUAACCAAAACAUGUUCAGCAACAUUCCAACUUCUCCCAACAUUUCAUAUUCAAGUAAACCUAACGGUCCACCAAUAGAGGAUUUGUUUGAUACAAUCAAAAGCAAUGAACCAUCAAACAAGUCUAUUUAUCAAGAUCACAGUUUUAUUGGUUAUGGUAAUAGUUCUAUGCUUCAAACUUCUUAUGCCAGUAUGAAUGCAUCAGUGAAUAACCAAUCACUAAUGACACAAUGGCAGGACAGUUGUCAGGAACAAGAUGAGUACUGGGUUACAAUAUUUGGUUUCCCUCCUAAUGCUGCUAAUACUGUCCUCGCAAGGUUUAGUAACUGUGGAGCAAUACUUGAUAAACAAUAUCCAACACAAGGCAAUUGGGCACAUGUAAGAUAUGCAACCAGAGCUGAAAAGGAAAGAGCCAUGGCCCUCAGUGGUCGCCAAGUGCUGCCAGGUGUCAUGGUAGGAGUGGUGGAGUGCAAAGAACCACCACGCAUUGCUGUCACUAGCCCUGGAGUUGCAGCUUCUGAAAGGCAAUCCACAGGGGCCAGGUCCCUGUGUCCCACCCCUGUGCCAUCAGCCCCAGUACCACAGAGAUCAAAUGGCUUAAUCUCCAAAGCUCUAGAUUAUGUAUUAGGUUGGUGACAAAUGCUCAACGCCAGAUACUUAGCAUAUCGAUAAACUUAGACAUUAGAGUUAGUAUUCUCAGGGAAAUGUAUGAAUGAAUAACAUUACAUCUUAUAAGAGGUAAUGCUAUAGUGCAGCAGAAGGAUACUCAUCAUCACAUCGUAACAUCAUCAUUUGUUAUAUUACAUGUGCUUGUUUAUGGUCAAUAUUCACCCUAAAAAAAUAUUUUAAUUUUGUACAUAACGUGGGCAUAUAUAAAAAUGUUGAAUAAAUGAAAUAUUGUCAUCUUCAAUUAAGGAAUAAAUAUUAUUUUAUAUAA